AUGGCUGGACAACAAUACGACAUGUAUGCCGACUACACGCAGAGCCAUAACCGGUCACCCGUCUCCAAUCGUUAUGGCGGCAACCUCUCCCUGAACCGCCAACCUUCGCGACAGUUCGAACAAUACAACACUCAUCACCUGCAAGGCGGCCUGCUCUACCAGGACGACCACUCCGCGCAAUACGACCCAUCUCCCCGAUUCGACAGGAUGCCAUCCAACACUUUACACUCAUCUAAUUAUCCAUACGAGAAUCAGACCUGGAACUAUGGGGGGGCAAAUGCCGUUGCGAACCCUCUGGGUGGUACGGGUCGGAUCAAGGCACAACCACCUCGAAGAGCCGGUCUUCCAUCUGGAUGGCUCGAACCUCAGAUGCACCAAGCCGACAACAUGAACAACUACCAAAUGAACAACCAGUUCAAUAUGCACCAGCUCGCCCAGCAACGCGCCUCGCCUCCCCAGGGCGACAACGACGAGUUGAUUCCUACUGCAAUUGUCAUCAAGAACAUUCCUUUUGCUGUGAAGAAAGAGCAACUCAUCGCGUGUAUGACUGAUAUGCGUCUGCCGCUUCCUUAUGCUUUCAACUACCACUUCGAUUCGGGUGUAUUCAGAGGCUUAGCAUUCGCCAACUUCACCAAUGCCGAGGAGACCCAAACGGUCAUUCAGGCCAUGAAUCACAUGGAGCUGCAGGGGAGAAAGCUCAGGGUCGAAUACAAGAAGAUGUUGCCGGUUCAGGAGCGUGAGCGAAUCGAGAGAGACAAGAGAGAAAAGCGAGGACAAUUGCAGGAGCAGCAUCAGCCUCUGGCACCGAACCAGGUGCAGAACCCUCUGCAUGCGCAGUCAUCCAUGGCAUCUUUGACUUCCUUGAGUUCGGCCAACCAUCCCCCUCCAGCAUCACCUUCUCCGGUUUCCUUCCGGGGCAAGCUCGGUAAUCUCAUCCCUACCCAAUAUUUGGACGCGUUACCAUCCAAGCUAACAUGGCCAGACCUCGAUCUGAACGAGCCGGUAACCCUCGGUUACUACAGCGAAUUGAUGCUGUUCAAGAAUGACCCUAAACGCGAGACGUUAAUAUUUCCCCCUACAAUCAUCCCUGCGGACAGACGAACCAUCCAUACACUUGCACAUCACAUGGGUCUCGAGCAUAGAUCCGAGGGACAAGGAGAGUCUAGAUGUGUUCAAAUCCUCAAGAGAGGUACCGCUCAGAUCAGUCCUCCUAUCCCCCAGCCAUCCAACUACUACACCGAGUCCUCCCGUAGAGGUCUGAACCGUGCCGCGACGAUCGACUUCAGCGAAACCCGGGACCGUGAGAGUUCCAGCCACUACCAUGCCCUCAAUCGUCAAGGCUCCAACCUAUUGGACAUCCCAGCAUCCCCGGGCCUUGGGGGACUCUCUGCGCAUAACAACCUGAGAGCGGCCAAGUCAUUCGCUGACCUUCGUUCGUACACCCCAUCACCUGUGACCUCGACUGCUAGUUUCCCUGCUGGGUUGACCCAAAAUAUCUCACGGUAUGCAGCAGAGUACAGCCAAGGUUCGGCCGCGUCCGGAACCCCCAACCUCACCCCAACGUCUGCGGGAGGCGGUAUGAACGGACGCGACGAUACUUUCCUGUCGAAUGGGAUCAGCAACAUGACCAUUGGAUACGAUCGUCCGAGCUCAAGCCGACCGAGUGCCACCGGCCGUAUCGGCCAAGAACGAGACGCCCAUGUUCCAGCCACUGGUGCCAUCGGAAGCCAGAGACCUGCCAAUAAUGGCUGGGAGGAUGUUCCCAGAAACGGUGCCGCUGUAGAGAGGCAGCCCCGAGGUCCCGGUGCUGACUGGGGAGCUGGCAGUGGAUUCUCAAGAACAAGAACAAAUGGCCAUAUCACUCGGGGUAGUGGUGAGCAUGACUUGAGUAGCCUCGACAACGGCUGGGACGAUACCAGAGCGCAAGAUUCGUCUGAUCGGACCGGCGUUCCGCAAUCCACCUUGCGAUACUUGUAG